AUGGACGAAACAUUGCCAAGUAUCACAGUGUUCUUACUCCUUGUGUGCUCAUCCGUUCUGGCGAGAGCCACGCCAUGCAACAGUUCUGAUGAUAUGUACAAAGAAGCCUCUAUAAUUUUAGGCUCCAAAAGACACACAGCCAGUCCAUGCGACGACUUUUACGACUAUGUCUGCAAGGCAUUGCCUACUGGGACGAAAGACUACAAGGGUCGCACAACAGAAGAUCCGGAGAAAAAGCUCCAAGCCGAGUUAAUGCCUCUCCUAACAAGGAAAGGUAUACAUCUCGGGAAGCAAACAGCUGAAGACAAGGUUAAAAUGGCAUUUCAGGCAUGUUUACGAGAUACAGGCGAUGAAGUCUGGAAGGAAACCGUUGAGGAAACUCUUCUGAAAUAUAACCUGCAUCCCUGGUCACCGAAGCGCACUCAUCAUAAAGCACGCCCGUCACUUGAACGCUUGCUUAUGAAAACGGGACUCGGCCCACUUUUUCGGAUGUCCGUUGUCAAGGAUGAUUCAGUUAAAGAAGGUAAUCGACUACUUCUCGAGCAGCAAGACUACCUAUUCAUUCGUAUGGCACAGAUGGACUCAAAUUGCGCAAAUGUUGAAUUUGCCAGGCUACGAGGCUACGCCCGCUACGCGAUGUACUGCAUUUCAACACUCAGGCCAUGGAUGUCCGUAAUGGAAGUAUUUGAUACAGUCAACGACAUGCUGGCUUUGGAGGUAGAGCUGGCAACGAUAUCAAGAACAAAUCAUGGUUUUCAGAAGACAUCGGUAGUUACUUUUGAGGAGCUGGAGCACAUCUUUCCCCAAAUUUCAUUUUCAGAUAUUCUUAGAAAAGAUAUACCUGAAGAGACAUGGAACUUUAGUCUCGAACAAGCUAUCCUAGUAAAAGAUGUGGAAACCUUCUACCCUUUUGGAGUAUACCUGACGCAAGUAGACGCGCGAGUAUUAGAGGACCUUAUCGGAUGGAUAAUGAUCAGAGAUCUGGCACAGUUCACGAACGGAGAUGGACAAAAGAUGUUCCUUGAUCUGUUCACACAAGAUGAGAAAGAAAAUGAAAAUCCUGUGUCUACUCCUAGAGAUGAGCAUUGUUUCAAUAUUUUAGUUGAAAAUGGGGGUAUAAUGAGACCUGCUGUUGAAAACAUAUUCGUUCGUAAAUACUUCGAUCAGGAAGCGAAAACUGAGGUAACACAGAUAGCUGGUAGUUUGCAUUUGGAAUUUGAGCGUACACUACACAAGUUUUAUUGGAUGGACAUUGACACGGAAGCUGCUGCCAUUGAAAAGUUGAAGAAGCUGCAGUAUAAAAUCGGUUUCGGAGAUAAAACAAUCGACGAGGCCUAUAUUGAAUCCCUCUAUAAACACCUGCCCACAUUUACGGAGAGAACAAAAUUUCCUACUAUGUUCCAAUAUAUUAGAAGAAACAACUUUCUAACAGACCUGGAGCAGCUUUCUGGUUUGAUGGUUAAGAAUGACGCUACUUAUAUUGAUCCAUUUGGUGAUCACAUGUUUUAUGAUGCAACAGAGACUGCACUAGUCCUUCCCGCUGCAUAUUUAUACCGUAUGGGGUUUCGAUCCGGUCUCCCACCGGAGUCAAAGUUCGGAGGCUUGGGGAUGAUUAUUUCGACCGCAAUUGUCUCUCAGUUUGGACACGAAGCUCUCCGCCUUUUGGAUGACAAGGACGAAGAGUGGGAACAUACCUCAUCGCCGGUGGAAACUCAAGACCGAUUCACGACUCCUAGUUGGAACCCAAAUAAGGACCAUGCGCCAUCAUAUCAGGAUGGAGAUUUAGAUUACAAGCGCCCAAAGAUUAAACAAAUCGAAUAUGAUUAUGGAAGUACCUACUAUAACCAGAAUGAGUUGCCGGACCAGUAUCCAACCGAAGAUCGACAGAAAGAUAAAUUUAACAACCAACCAAAGAGGGAAAUUUCAAAGCUCUGGUCCAACUAUACAAGAACACAUUUUUUGAGAAAUUCCAGAUGUCUUCAGAAUGGGAUUCUAGAUCCGAAUGACCUGGGUCUCUCGGAGAGCGACCUAGCGGACGAGUUUAUAUUCGAAGCAUGGUGUCCGGUGCACUUUCCUGACUACGUUGGAUUACGAGUAGCCUAUAAUGUCUAUUUGGCGUUAAGAACAAACGUCCAGAAGAAAUUCCUCGGUCUCUCCAGUUUCUAUGAAAACCAGCUAUUCUUCACUUCAUAUGCGCUUGUAUUCUGCAAAUCAACGGAUGAUGAUGUGAACUACAAUAAGGACAAAUUAAACGAAAACCUGGCUAUAUUUUCUGCGUUCUCGGAGGCAUUCAGGUGCCCUUAUCAAUCAAGCAUGAAAAAACCCGACACAUGUACUUUGAUAGGAGAUAUAAAGUGA